GUGGCCAGCCGCGCCCGUUCCUCCCCCCUCACCCGCGGCGGCGCCGCAGCGCCUCGGCGCGGCCCCAUUUCCCGAUGCUGCCGCGGGCCGCAGCGCUGCCGCCGGGCGCCGCCGCCGCCGCGGGGCCUGGGCGCCGCUCGCCGCCCCCCGCCGGGCUCGCGCGGGAGCCGCCGCCGCGGGACGCCGAGCCGCGGGGCGGCGCCAUGGCCCAGCGCGGCGCGGAGGCGGCGGAGGAGGCCGCGGAGGGGCCCGAGGGCGGCAGCCGGCGGUGGGGCGCGCAGCACGCCGGGGCCCGCGAGCUGGCCGAGCUCUACUCGCCAGGAAAAAGAUUACAAGAAUGGAUCUCUGUCAUCUUAUGCUUCUCUCUGAUCUGUUUCAAUUUUUACAAUCUUCUCUUCUACGUGCGACUGGAACACACGCCCUCUGUCAUUGUUGGGAUAUUUGCAGGAGUUAUUACAGCUGACUUUCUAUCAGGAUUAUUUCACUGGGGAGCAGACACCUGGGGAUCUGUGGAGCUACCCAUAGUUGGAAAGGCUUUCAUCAGACCAUUUAGAGAACAUCAUAUUGACCCCACAGCAAUUACCAGACAUGAUUUCAUAGAGACCAAUGGAGACAACUGCUUUAUGACAUUAGUCCCAUUGGCAAACAUGGCAUACAAAUUUGUUUCUUUUUCUCCAGAGGCAUUAUAUGAAACGUGUCCUUGGGAGUGUUAUGUCUUUGCCCUGAUCAUCUUCAUAACUAUGACGAACCAGAUUCACAAGUGGUCUCACACGUACUUUGGUCUUCCUCGUUGGGUCAUCUUUCUACAGGACUGGCAUAUUAUCCUGCCACGGAAACACCACAGGAUCCACCAUGUGUCUCCACAUGAGACAUAUUUCUGCAUUACCACUGGUUGGCUGAACUAUCCAUUAGAGAAGAUAGGAUUCUGGAGGUGCUUGGAGAACAUUAUCCAAGGAGUUACUGGGGAGAAGCCACGAGCAGAUGACAUGAAAUGGGCUCAAAAAAUUAAAUAACUUUUGCCAGCCUUCUGCAAUCCUCAUCUUUGUUGCCAAUGUUUUUUUAAAAAAGCCAUCAGCCAAAUUCAAGACUUGCAAAGAAAUAACAGACUCUAAAGCACAAACUAAAAAGUGCUAACACAGACUGUAAUUACAGAACUAAUUCUUAAAACAAUACUUGAAAUGAAGAUGAUUACUCUUACUGAGCACCUUUUGUUUAGCCAUGUCUGCUUACAUCUUAGAAAAUACUUCAUCACUGUAUCUUGUAAAAGCUAUCAGGCAAGCCAGAAGACAGGACAGUCACUCCAUUGAUACAUGGUGGCAUAGUAAACAUGUGUUGUAUCAACAUUAUUUAACACUUCAAAAAUAGCUUGUUGCCUAAGACCUGCAGGGGGGGAUGGUGACAACAGUUUGUCACUUCACGGUUGAGUCCAAAUGCACUGCAUGAAAACAGUGUGUCAGAGUAAUGGAAGCCUAUAAAAUCAUCACUGUUCAAUGCACUUAGUGGUUGGUAGACUUACAGUUCCAUCUUCGCUAUCAUGUUAAAUCUAGUCGAUGUAAUGUGGAACAGACUUUGAGAAUCCCACUCCGCCAGUGGGCCACGAGUCCUUAAGUGUCUUCAGUUUCCCUUAAAAUAAAAUUGUUCUACUCUCUACGUGGAAUUGAGCAAACGGUUUCUGCAUAAGCCUUCAACUGUACCUUAACAGGUGUCUGAGGAGAGGGAGGGCACACUUUGUACAACACAGGCUUCUGUUAGUUCAUGUGGAGUGCUCACUGAUGAGAGCCUUCUAUUAAGUGUUUCCUACCCUGAUAAUAAGUGUUUAAAAUAGUUCUAGCAUUGGGCAUAUUGCAAAUAGCUGUAUUCAAGAGCUCACGGUAUCAAACUUGUGAUGUUAGAAGGGAAAUGUCAAUGACUUUUUUUUUAAGGUGCUUGCUUGUUUCUGUAAAUAAUAUAAAGCCUUAAUCUCUUCUUGUGUAAUGGAAUAAUAUUUUAAUGUGAUGUUUGAAUGUAUAUAAUAUUUAUAACAAAGCAGUUGGAUAAUACUAAUCAUGUUUGUUAA